AAUGCUUGCCCAGAUGCUCUGAGAAUGGCGAACUCAAGUUGCCUUUAGGAAUGGCUGCAAAGCCCACACCUGGAAAUCUCCCCCUCCCUGCUCCUCCACGGCAGGUUGCAUUUGGGAGACUCUGUGAUCAUUAGAGGAGAGAGACAGGAAUGAGCCAUUCACCAGCUCGCCAGCACUUGGUAGAAAGCAGCAGGAUGGACGUGGUCGACAGCCUUCUUAUGAAUGGGAGCAACAUCACUCCCCCCUGUGAACUCGGACUGGAAAAUGAGACGCUUUUCUGCUUGGAUCAACCUCAACCUUCAAAAGAGUGGCAGUCUGCACUGCAGAUUCUCCUGUACUCCAUCAUAUUCCUUCUCAGUGUGCUGGGGAACACGCUGGUUAUAACGGUGCUGAUUCGAAACAAGAGGAUGCGGACGGUCACCAACAUCUUCCUGCUGUCCCUGGCUGUCAGUGACCUCAUGCUCUGCCUCUUCUGCAUGCCGUUCAACCUCAUCCCCAACCUGCUCAAGGAUUUCAUCUUCGGAAGUGCCGUGUGCAAGACUACCACCUACUUCAUGGGCACUUCCGUGAGCGUUUCCACCUUCAACCUGGUAGCCAUCUCUCUGGAGAGAUAUGGCGCCAUCUGCAGACCCCUACAGUCCCGCGUCUGGCAAACAAAGUCCCAUGCUUUGAAGGUCAUCGCUGCCACCUGGUGCCUCUCCUUUACCAUCAUGACUCCGUACCCCAUUUACAGCAACUUGGUGCCUUUUACUAAAAAUAAUAACCAGACGGCGAACAUGUGCCGCUUCCUGUUGCCAAGUGACGCUAUGCAGCAGUCCUGGCAAACAUUCCUGCUACUCAUCCUCUUUCUUCUCCCUGGGAUUGUGAUGGUGGUGGCCUACGGGUUGAUCUCUCUGGAACUCUACCAAGGAAUCAAAUUUGAUGCCAGCCAGAAGAAAUCUGCUAAAGAGAAGAAGCCGAGCACUGGCAGCAGCACCCGAUAUGAGGAUAGUGAUGGCUGUUACUUGCAGAAGUCCCGGCCCCCGAGGAAGCUGGAGCUUCAGCAGCUGUCUAGCGGCAGCGGUGGCAGCAGACUCAACCGGAUCAGGAGCAGCAGUUCAGCUGCCAACCUGAUAGCCAAGAAGCGCGUGAUCCGCAUGCUCAUUGUCAUCGUGGUCCUCUUCUUCCUGUGCUGGAUGCCCAUCUUCAGCGCCAACGCCUGGCGGGCAUAUGACACGGUUUCUGCCGAGAAGCACCUCUCAGGGACUCCCAUCUCCUUCAUCCUCCUCCUCUCCUACACCUCCUCCUGUGUUAACCCCAUCAUCUAUUGCUUCAUGAACAAACGCUUUCGCCUGGGCUUCAUGGCCACCUUCCCUUGUUGCCCGAAUCCCGGUCCCCCAGGGGUGAGAGGAGAGGUGGGAGAGGAGGAGGAUGGGAGGACCAUAAGGGCAUCGCUGUCCAGGUAUUCCUACAGCCACAUGAGCACCUCUGCUCCACCCCCCUGAACUCCACCUGGUCCACUG